AUGGUCGAAUAUGUGAAGCUCAACGAAUUAAAAGAGACUGCAAAAAAUGAGCGGGUGAAUAUUUGGGCUGUGGUUCGAAGCGUCAGACAAGUUUCGCCUGACUCGGCGGUGGUGCUUCUGACGGAUGAGACGAGCCCAAGUGCACUUUGCUACAUCGAUGUCGGGCGAAGCGAACGAGAGCAUAAAGACGUUCGAUCGUUGCACUUGCAUUUGAAAGAAGGUUGCGUUGUUAGACUACAUCGAGCAAAGGUGACAAGAGAGCCGAGCAAUUGUUUGGUUGUGAGAGUGCGAAGUGACUCUGCAAACGGAUCAAUUGUCAUUUACGAACCGGGAAACAACAACCCCGACACCUACGAUUACACAAAUUUUCGCUCGUACACAAUUGAACAUCAUGAAUAUAGUUUGUUUGCUGAUCUUGUCAGCUACCGAGAAAGCAUUCCUAGACGCGGUCGCAUUUCUUUCGCGGCACCAGCCAACACUGACGGCUUUACAACACUGAACAUGUUUCGGCCAAAGACUUUUCAAAACCUCUGUGUGCAGGUGCACAGCAUCUUUUUGACAAAAAAGAAUGAAACUUGCGUGAUUCGUUGCUGGGAUGGAACCGAUUUGAAUGGUGAAAUGGUACGACAAAUCGGUUCCAUCAAUCUAACGCUGGAGUUGAUACCAUCAGAAGACAUUGGAAGCUAUUGGGCUAAAUAUCAUCCUACAAUCGAUGCUAUAUCGAAAAAAAGAUGUGUUGAUAUUUCUUGCUACACGUUGUUGGAUCAAAUCAGGACAUUGAAGUCUGGAGAUUUCGUCGAGUUGCACAAUGUCGACUACCGUCAGCCACAAACAUGCGAAACCGCUUUUCUGAAACUGCCAGAAGAUAGAGCGAAUCGAUCCAAAGUCGUGCCGAUUUUGAAUGCAGAGAAUCAUCCACGUGCUGAAGAAACUAAAAAGCGAAUCGACACUUUGCUCGGUGAGUAUUUAUCGAAAAACCAGGCUCCACCACCAGAGGACGAGAAUGAGGAUUUGUCACACGCCGUUCUUGAUACACAAGCCACCGAUCUUUCUUCGAUGUCAUUAUUCAAUGCUAUGUGUGGUGGCGGACAAGAGAAUGUGGAGCCGAAUGCGAAAAUGAGUCCAAACGCGCAAAGUGUAGGUGAACAGACGAGCACAACGGGAGAUUUUAACAUCGAACCGAGUCUAGCGGAAACGCCGGCCCAAGAGCAAGAAGAACUUUCUUUCAUCAAGACCGAGUCACAUGUUUCAAGUUCACGAACUGUGAGUGCUCGGGCAACGCCAGAAGCUAACAAGAGCGAUGUGAACGAGACACAACAACGAAAGCGAUCAACGAUGGUCACUAGGAACACAUUGAAAAAUGAAGCUGUAACACCUCAACAUAUAUCUGUUCCGGUUUCGACUCGUCACAUGCAGAUCCAAGUAAAGCAGCGAGUUAGUGAGGUCACGACGGUAGCUCUCGGCGAAGAAGCUAGUGGAAAAGCAAAGGAACCUGCCAUAGGAUCGACUCACGCCACCAGAAGCAAAGGCCCCCCACAGCCGGCUUUCACUGAAUCUCCAUCAACAAGUCUGAAGAUGGUUGUUCACCAAACAGCUUCUCAGGUUAAUGUGACAAAACGAAAGAAUAAGUCAGCGAUUCCCGCACAGAUCGAAGAAGAACGCUCCAAAACUUUGGUCGAGACGACUGUUAAAAACUUGGUUGCAAAGGAUAAACCUGUUUCGAUUACAAAAGACACGAACGAUCAAGCGAAUGUCCAGGAGAAAGCCACUGAAAAAAGUUCACCGAAACGUGCGGCAGUAGCAGUCAACAACCAGUCCAGCCCUGCUGCGAAGAAGAGGAAUACGCAAGUGACGACCGAAGAAACGACCGCAGAUGUUGAGCAGCCCGCGCACAACGCAGAAAUUUUGAUGAAAAAGAGAGGUCGACCAUCAAACAAAUAUGUUGAAGCAAGAAAAGCAGCAGAAGUUGAAACCGGAGCUCAAGAACCAUCGACUAGUGCUGCACAGCCAAGCAACGACAAUGAAGCAGCUCCGACCAAGGCACCAAGCCCAUCCAAAACUCCGACCAAGGCACCAAGCCCAUCCAAAACUCCCACCAAAGCACCAAGCCCAUCCAAAGCUCCGACUGCAGACAAAAAUGCUCAACAGCAACCCGAACAACCAUCAAUGGAUAUUGCACAGGAUGAAAAUCCUUUGCAAAAUGUGAAUGUAAAAGGGUCCAUUCGAGGAACCGAUGAUUUUGACGAGGAAGACGAGGAGUUUGAUGCAGAUGUUGCGCAACUAAUCACAGAGCAUUUUGCAACGAAGUUACACAUGGAGAUUGGUCUUCCCGAGUUGCCGACAUGGGAUGAAGAGGCGAGAGCGACGAUGAAGAUGAGUGUCGGCGAGGUGGCAUGGUUGUCAAAUUGGUUGAAGCCGGCAAGCGAUUUGUUGCAAUCACCACUUUUUAUGGGACCAAUCAAGGGUCUAACAAUCGGAUGGGCUUUACGAUGCACGCGAUGUCUUCAACAGAUUGCGAUUGAGAGGCGAGAAUCUGCAAAAAGCUGCUUUUGUCCAUAUUGUUUUAAAGGCAAAAGCUUGCUCUACCCAUGCGAAAUUAUCUACAGAUUCCUUGUGCCUGUGUGGUUUACGGACGAGGAAAACCGCGACCGGGUGUUCUACGCUCGAAUUGACCAUCUCACUUUGCAAGCUUGCGAUCCACACUUUCGCUGGUUCGACGCGAAGGAAAUCGGAACUCUCAUUGAGAAAACGCCUGAAGAAUGGGCGCUGAUUCGUGAUGCGAUCAUCAAGCAUGCAGCGGGAAUACUCGGCAAUUUCAAUCUUCUCCUCAACAAGUCAAUCGUUCGUGGUCAUCCCAAAGAUGCGAUUGGAACGACGGUCCUCCUCGAUGUGCUCGAUUGCCGCGUGCAAAAGCCGGCAGUGGCAAAA